AAAACGCAAGAGACCCCCCCCGUCUCCUUUUCCGCUGAAACCCUAACGCUAAAACCCUAAUCCUCGUUCCGUUUCUCUCUCCCGCGCCUCUCCUCCCUCUCGAUCUCAUAGGCAUCAAGCGACUAAUUUUGACCUAGGAUGGGGGCGAAGGCGAAGAAGGUUUUGAAGAAGAAUCUGAAGAAAGCUUCUGCUCAGCUCACGCUUUCUCGUCGCAAGAACGAAUCUUCUGCCGAUUUUUUGCCUUUCGAAGGGGGUCUGGGGAGGGAACUAGUGGAAAAGGAGGAGCCGAAGAAAGAUACUGCGACGGUUUUGUACAUCGGGCACAUUCCUCAUGGGUUUUAUGAGGAACAGAUGGAAGGAUUCUUUAAGCAGUUUGGGAAAAUUAAGAGAUUGAGACUUGCUCGAAACAGGAAGACAGGAAAAUCCAAGCACUAUGGAUUUCUUGAAUUUGAAAACCCUGAGGUAGCCAAGGUCGUGGCUGAGGAGAUGAACAAUUACUUACUGUUUGAGCACACCCUUCAAAUUCAUCCUGUUCCACCAGAGCGCGUUCAUCCAAAGCUGUGGAGAGGAGUAAGUAGGAGAUUUAUACCAUUGAAUUGGAAGGAAAUUUCACGAAAGCAGCAUAACAAGGAAAGAACAGCAGAAGAGCACCAAAAGAUGGUUCGAGGAAUUCUAAAGCGAGAUGAGAAGCGGCGCAAACGAAUUAAAGAUGCUGGAAUUGAUUAUGAAUGCCCAGAACUUGUGGGUCUUCAACCUACGGCGAAGAAAAUCAAGUUCGAUGAAGAAGAGGACUAGUUAGUUAGUGUUAGAGUAAUGAAGUAAUAUCUCUCUUUGAAGCAACGACGGAACAGAUUUGAUCCAAUCCUACUUCUAAAUUACCCGUUGCUCGUGAUCUUUUCUUUCCUUUACAGUUUCCUCUUGCAAUGUUGUAAGAACAGGUUUAUGCGGAAAGUGAAAGCAUAAUGAAGGGAUGAACCCAUCUUUUUGUUUGUUUUUACCCUUUUUAAUUCAAACUUGGAUGAUAAUAAUAGUUUAUUUUUAGAGAAUUUAAUCUUUCUUUCGA